AUGCCCCCGCCAACGCAAUGUAACGCCCUCGGCUCCGCGGCACGUCGUCGGCUGCAUUCAGUUCGCACGACUCCUCAAGUACGCAGGCGACCCAAUGCCUUCUUCUCCCCUUCUUCAUCCCGAAGCCGGGCCUUUACUCAGAAGCCGUCACUCCUCCUUGUCUCGAGACCUUCUGUGAGACCCCAACUGCCCUUCCUCCACCCUCUUGCGCACGCCCAGUCAGUAGCCGGAGCUUCGAAUAUUGGCCGCUUCAUUUCCACCGAGACCAAAGUGCGAUGGUGGACCCAGACCAAAGGCGCCUUGCGUAUAGCCACUGUGUUUUGGUCGGUGGUAGCCUUGCUGAGCGUUGUAGCUGCAGGCUUGCGCCAGACCAAGAUCGAGAAUGACAACCCUACUCCGCGUGAAUGGAGUUUCUGGUCAAGAUGGCACCUGCGGUCUGCCCACUGGUAUGCCGACGAGGAAGAGGCCAAAGCCGCAAGAGUCAUUACAGAUUGGAAUGCGGUCGGUUGGUAUUUUCGGAAGUUACUCGAGAGAUUGGAGGAUGAAAAACUGGAUGGCAAGAAUCUGUUGCAGGGAGAAACCCUGGUUGAAGGCAUCGGUCGGACGGGACUGGACAUCAGUAUGAAGAGCGAACCCUGGCGACGCGGUUAUUUUCAGGCUUUGAUGGGCGCUGGACGGGUCGCAGAACAUCUAGAAGGCAUGGCCCGAAAGAAAGGUGAUGAGAGAGGCCCGCUGUACUCGUGGGAGACCAUUCCAGGGCCGAGUAAUCCAAGACCCAGGCCGCCGCCCUGGGACAGGAAACGAAAAAACCAGACAGUUCCCAACGAAGAUGAAUGCGAAGAUGCAUUCCCGGAGCCGGAGGUCUAUUAUAUGAAGAUCUUGACCACCAAAGGCUUCGAUAAUGGUCAGAGGUUGGACGCCGCCCUCGCAUAUGCCGACUGGUGCGACUUCAAGGGUCUCUCGGGUACGGCUGGGAAUAUGUACGAUUGGGCUUUGGACAUCGCUGUCUCAGGCUUACCCUCGACCGCCGGCAAUGUGAUUGACAUCAAGACUGGGGUCAUUAACAAUGGCAAAGACGAAUUCGUUACGCAGAAUCUUUUUAGAGCAACCACUGCUCUGGCGGUUCACCAUGCUCGGUCUGGCAACGUGAUGGACGCUCUGCCCAUCUUUCUGAGCGUACUUCGAGCGAGAAAGAGUCUCCCUCCCGCAACCAUGCCAUCUAGCACACUGGGCAAAUCAACGCACGGAAGCUCUGAUGUUGGUGCAUACAUUGAAGGGAUCAAGAACGUCUUCUUUGACACACCAUACCCGCCACCACCGCCAUCGGGCGAUACUCGACCUUCUCAUACGUUGAAGGAAGCUUGUGAAGAGGUCGGGCUAAUGAUAUAUAUUGGAGAGAUCCUCUUCGCAACCAGUGCUAGCGAGCGUGAGAAGGGCCUGAGCUGGACAAGAGACAGUGUGGAAGCGGCCGAGGCAGUGAUGUGGGUUAUGGAUGAACAAGAGCAGAAUACAGGCCGCGAAAGAUGUAGAGAGUGUCUGCAGACUGGGCUCAGCAACUGGAAAGACAUGACUGCUCAGAUGAGCAGGCUAGCGGCGCAACGGAAGCAAGAAGCUGAGAACUCUGCUGGAUUUCUAGGUACAGGGCUAGGGAAAGCGUCUGCCGUGGAAAAAGCUCGCAAGGAGGUUGAGCGAUGGCGAGAGGAACAGUCGCAGAUCGAGCUUCGGAAGCAGAAGACCGUCUCACUGACCGCACCGCGGCAGACGCCAAACGGGUGGAUGGGCAUUUGA